AUGGAGAUCAAGAUGAUAGAGAUAGUUACAGUAAGAAAAGUGUUAUUGGUCGGGUUUUCGAUCUUGAUACUGAAUUGGGUAUGGAGAGCUGUGAAUUGGGUUUGGUUAAGGCCAAAGAGACUGGAGAAAUAUCUGAAGAAACAAGGAUUUUCUGGGAAUUCUUACAGAAUUCUGAUGGGAGACAUGAGAGAGAGUAAUCAGAUGGAUCAAGUUGCUCAUUCUCUUCCUCUCCCUCUUGCCGGCGAUUUUCUCCCUCGCAUGAUGCCUUUUCUCCACCACACUGUUCUAAAUCAUGGGAAGAAGUGUUUCACAUGGUACGGACCGUACCCGAACGUGAUAGUAAUGGAUCCAGAGACACUGCGAGAGAUAAUGUCAAGACACGAACUCUUUCCAAAGCCAAAGAUUGGGUCACAUAAUCAUGUUUUCCUCAGUGGUCUUCUCAAUCACGAAGGUCCUAAAUGGUCCAAACAUCGAAGCAUUCUUAAUCCUGCUUUUCGUAUCGACAAUUUGAAGUUUUGGUACAUGAUUGAAUAA